CUAGACGACAAUGUACCAGGCACAGAGGUUGACUUUGUAGUAUCGUUGAAUGUAUAAAUAAGCCAAAGCCUUCUCAUUGUAAAGGAUCCGAUUUCAAGCUAAUAAUACAUUCACUUUGCACUCUCACUCACUCUACCUUUAUUUUCCUAAGCUUACGUAGCUCACCGACCCCACGGUCGGUAUACUCGGUGGUUUAUUUCCAUCAAAUUGGUGCUCUCGUUGAGAGGAGAGAAACAUACUUGUAGGUUAACUCCCUAGAACGAGAAUGGUGCAAACAAAGAGCAACAUUCCCACCACCAGCCACAUCCCCGGUGAGGGGAACAGCCCGGGCAACAGCAACGGGACCAGGGCGAUUACCUCAACUCCCGACGCAGUCCAAGGCCUGUUUGGGAUGGGAGUUACUGUGGAGCAUCUUCACGCUACCAUUGCAGCCCUCUCCGCCAUUGGCGGAAGCGGGCGCGGCAUUGGAGCCACCCAGGCUCUAGAAGACCCGAUUACCGAACACGCUGCCACUUCCCAACACAAGGGGAAGAAGACCCGAAGGAGCCAGAGGAGGCUCGGAAAGUCCCUGGUGAUAAAGGAAGUGCUGGUGGAAGACAUCCCUGAAGGGGGGAUGAUGACUCCAGCGAGGGUCGAGUGUUAGCUAUCAAGAGGCUGGGGGAGAGGAAACCCGUGUGUCAGCUUUUGACAGGCUCAACCAAGGGCGCGAUGGCCGCCAAGGCAAUUUAUGCCGGCUGAUCUCAGAGGGAACGCAGAGGCAUGACGAGGAGUCGGCCACCUCAGAUGUCUCGUUUC